AAAACACCUGUUAUAUAUGCUACCCUUUCGUCUGCCGUUUAAAAUCUGGUUUUCUUAUAGCGUAAUGACUUUAUCUAAGAUCAUGUCGUGGUUGCCUAAGCAGGCGGACUACGUGUUUCGCAUGUAGCAUUUCGACAAGAAAACGACAGGCGAGUUCAAAGAAAAGCGUGCGUUCAGAGUAUGCUGGAAGUAACAUCAGAGUUCAAUUUUAGACCACCUGAGCGAGAUUGUUACUCAAGCCUCCUGAAAACAGCCCUUCGGCACUGUUGAUGUCCAACCUUGUAGUCGCCGCAGCUCUGCUAGAGCUUCUGGUGCCGAGUUUCGUCGGUAGUGUGCAACCUCGCAGUCAUUCCUUGCCCGUCCUGCUGGGAAAAUCCAGCCACCGACCAGCGCCCCUUUCCUCCUGACAUCCGUCUCGUGUUGGAUAUAAAAACCGUUCCGCGACGCCAACGAAACCAUUGAUUGAGCCUGCGGCACAGCUGAACAAGUGACGUGACAAAUUCACCGAAGUCAUCAGCCUCACUGCAAAAAUGAAGGUCCUGGCUGUCGCCCUUGUCUGCGUUCUUGUUGCUGGACUGAUCAGCACCACGGUUGCUCAAGGCGACGAAAGCGAAGUGGCCCACGUUCGAGUCCGCCGGGGUUUCGGCUGUCCGCUUAACCAGGACGCUUGCCAUCGCCACUGCCGUAGCAUCGGUCGUCGUGGUGGAUAUUGCUCCGGGAUCAUCAAGCAGACCUGCACUUGCUACCGCAAAUAGAAAACAAGCUCUCGGUUCCGAAAUGGCGGACAGCCCAUCGGGACAACAAAUCGGUUCCUUCCCGCGCUUUUUAUAGAGUUAAUGCGUGAUAACAUUUCGCUAUGGGCCAUCGUCGGCCAGCCCACAAUGUGCCAUUUGCUUUGCUAGUCGAAACAUUCCUAUAACCGGCAUUGUACUCCCUUAACUCGUAAUAAAUGAUUCUGCGUAGCGAUUGCUUACGUUGUUAUUGGAAAGUUACCGCACU